UAUCAGUUCUGAUAGAAAACUAGUCGACGUCUGCUCUUGUCGCUUGUUCGGUGUCCGGUGCGUAACGUUAUUGUAAGUUCCAACACCCAAACUGUUUGUUGCAGUGUUUCUUCUAAGAUAAUUUGUUAAAUUAAGUAAUCUCGAAAUAAUUAAACAUGGCGUCGGGAGUAACGGUAUCUGACGCAUGCAAAAUCACUUAUGAGGAAAUCAAAAAGGAUAAGAAACAUCGCUACGUAAUUUUCCACAUCAAAAAUGACACUCAAAUUGAUGUGGAAAAGAUUGGUGCUAGGAAUGAUUCCUAUGAAGACUUCCUCACACAUCUACAAGCUGGGGGUGAAGGUGAAUGCCGCUAUGGUCUUUUCGACUUUGAAUAUAUGCACCAAUGCCAAGGUACCUCCGAAUCUUCCAAAAAACAAAAGUUGUUUUUGAUCUCCUGGUGUCCUGAAACAGCUAAAGUCAAGAAGAAGAUGUUAUACUCUAGCUCAUUCGAAGCCCUUAAGAAAUCGUUAGUAGGAGUACAAAAAUGUAUUCAAGCCACAGAAUUAUCAGAGGCUAGCCAAGAAGCUGUGGAAGAAAAACUGAGAUCCACCGAUCGUCAGUAGAUUGAUUAAAUCUUUUGCUACGACUGUCUACUCACGCACCUACCUACCAAGGUGUUAUAUAUUUAUAAGUAUUUGGAUAUUUAAUAAAGCUUCAUUUUCAAACUGAGUUCUAUCCGUUUCAUUGGAUUACUAUCAUUUUCAAAACUGUAACAUCCCUUUAUAUGAUUUUUCAGUAUUAAAUAAAAUUUAAAUGUCAAA